AACCAGGCCGCAGAGAGAAUCUGCUAUUACAACUGAGAUACGAACCCCGAAUUGCCCAUGAUUCACUACGAAAUCAAUAGCGCAAACCAGAAGGACCUUGAUCUCGUCGAGUUCAUAAACUUGAGGGGGGAAAGAGAAGACACCCCUACGAAACUUGCCAUUGUCGUUGGCAAAGACUUGCAGCCCAAAAGACCAGGGUGCCUGUUAUCCUUCGGGGUUGCCGGCGGCAACGACGUGCGUCUCCCACCCGACAACUAUUACACCAAGGACGUCGCGAGCCGCAAGCUAGUCCAGAAGGGCAGGAAAUACCACGACCAUCAAUGCUUCUUCACCAUCGGCAGUGAGAAGAAGAGACCACUGUUGCUCCAAGAUGAGACCAGAGUGUACUACCAAACGGCGUUCAACUACGUCGUGCCAAAAAAGGAGGGCGUACCGACAAGUGAGAGCUUGCACUCCCAUAAUAUCGAGGCGUGUUCAGCGCCUGACCCGCCUAGCCGGGGCGAAAUUCCACCACACGACAGCUCAAAGCUACGUUUGACCCUCGGGCGUCGCCCAGGGGACGAAGAUUCCACGGGUGCAUUGUUUUCAAUAACGUGGAGCCCGGAAGCUCUUGUGCCCAAGCGACAUUCCGAGAUCGCCAAUCUCCUCCUCGCAAAGAUUCCCGCCAAGUCCGGCGAGCAGAAAAAUGCGGUCGAAGUCAAGGUUAAGGUGGAGCCCGGAGCUGACAGUAGUACUAAUAGUAGCAGCAGCAAGGGGACGAGCCUCCCGGUAGGAGCGGCAAAGCGCGCGGCGUCCAUCGAAGUCCCCCCCGUCCCCUCUUCCCUUUCCACCACCGCCAAAGUGCCUGGAGUGAAGGUCCCAAGGACAGCAGUCCUGACUAGGGACGGGGAGUAUUAGGGAUGACAUUGAGGCCGCCAAGAUGAAAUAAUUCAUUCUAGGGCCACUAUCACAUAAUCGAGUCUUUUCUUUUGCCUUGUUUGCCUCUCCUAUUCAAUAACACCUCAGUCUCGGUUAGUAUAAGGUAAGAAGAAAAAAAGGAGAAAACCCCUCGUUGGAAAUCUCAUUUGUAAUCCGUUAAUUAUUCAAAAUCUAGC